AUGGACCUCAAUGGGGUCAAGAGGAGGGACACUACCAAGGGCCCUCCCCUCCGCAUCUUAUCGUUAGAUGGUGGAGGAGUUCGUGGCUACUCCAUGUUCAUUAUUCUCCAAGAAAUCAUGCACCGCACCUUCGUCGAGAUCGAGGGUAGAGCCCCCCGUCGAAACGAAAUCCCCAGACCAUGCGACCAUUUUGAUCUCAUUGUUGGAACCGGUACCGGCGGCCUCAUCGCCCUGAUGCUCGGUAGAUUGCGCCUGGACCUGGAACAGUGCAAGGAACUCUACGUGAGGAUGACGCGCAUGGUUUUCGAGACGGACAAGACCAUCGCCGGCAUUCCCUACCGAUCAACACUUUUCAAAGCCUCUAAGCUGGAGGAGGCUAUCAAGGAGGCCGUCCGGGAACACACCAUCUACCAAAAGGAGGGCAACGAUGGCACCGAAAACGACAUGAUGAGCCCUCUCAGUGGAUACAACAAUUCAAAUCCAAGGAGGCAUGCCAGCAACGCCAGCACCGUCAGCUUUAGCGCACGCAGUCCUCAAGCGCAGAUGGCACGGCCUGCUUUCAACUCGCGAUACGGCGACCCAAACGCUCGACUAUAUGAUGCUCGGGAGAAUAGAACCAAAACCGCCGUCUUAGCAAUGUACAAGGGCUCUCGCAAGGGCGCGCCUGCCGCCAUCCUGCGAUCCUAUGACUCGAGGAGAGAGCCUCCGCCAGAGUUCGACUGCAAGAUCUGGCAAGCUGGCCGCGCCACGUGCGCGAUUGGCCUGGCUUUCAAACCCAUACAAAUCGGGCAGUCUGUCUUCCACGAUGACGGUGGCGGCACCUUUAACCCUGCACCAGAAGCUCUGGACGAGGCAGUUGUGAAUGAAUGGCCCGGCCGUGAGGUUGGAGUGUUUCUCAGCGUCGGCACGGGCAGACGGCCCAAAGGGAGCGAUGCGAAUUCGCAGAUGUGGUAUGAGGGUUUUCUGGGAGAGUUUGCCGAGGCCCGCCGGAAGCUCAUCUCCAAGAUUGAGGGCUGUGAGAUGAUUCACGAGCAGAUGAGAAAGGAGCACCUCCUGAAGCGGAACGUCAACGUCGAGAACUACUAUCGCCUUAAUGUGGAGGUUGGCGUCGGCGAGUUUGGUAUGAACGAAUGGCACCGUCUGGCCGAGAUCAGCACGAGCACGCGACAAUACCUGAGGCGGGACGUGGAGCAGAAAAUGAUCCAAGGGGCUUCCGCGAAGAUGGCCAAGAUCCACAAAGCAAACAUGAGGUUUUCCCGCCUGCCAGAGGUCCCCGAACUGGUCAAAUCAAACUCAGAGACCACCGAGCCGCUGUCGUUUGCUGUGGAGUUGCCAGGCGACAUGCCCACGUCGUGGCCGCCAUACAACACACCGCCAAGCCGCCAGUCAUACGAAUCCGGUACGGAACAUCUGCAUAUUCCUUCGCCGAUGAGUCCUUCGCCCAGAAGUUCUGGCGAGCGACUUCAACCAUCACCAGCUCCGAAAGCGGAGCAACGUCCCCCGCCUCCGCUAAAAGACGAUGAAAUUGACCGACUGGUUGUUACUGCGCCGACGCCUUCUCAGUAUCGCUAUGCAGCCGGCGCCGACAAGAUUGCCAUCAUGAGCCCCGACGAGCACCCGCGAUGGCAGAAUCAACAGUACAACAACGGCUCUAUACAACAGUCGCACCAGCCGCAACGAAUUCCACCACCGCUGCCUCCCAAGACACCAUUGCCGGAACAUCAGGCAGCCGGCGGCCGUCGCCCUAUCAGCUCAGCGCCCUUACCUUAUCCCGUUGACGACGAGCCUCCACCAGUGAAUAUGGCUAGGAAGCCGGAUUAUCGUGGAAGGUGA